AUGCCAUUGACAAGUUCCCAUUAUGAGAGGAGUUCGCGGACAACCUCGAGUACCCAGAUACAGUUCCCCCGGUCUUGUUGCCAAACAGCGGAGCCGGCCUUGCCGUUCCUGCGGACUCAAAUACUGGAUCUGGUUGCGCUCAACAGCUCGACGGCGAUGGGAAUGAUAUGGCAGGAGUUAGAGUCCGCCGUCGUGUGGAUGCAUCACCGACAAGGUUAUGGUUGGGCAGUGAGCCACCAGAUGAUGAUCGACUCUAAAGUCAUGGGCUAUAGAGUUGAUUGGCUAAAGAAGGGUCAGAUCGAGGACCUACACAAGAAGAUUGCAUACGAGAUAGUGACCAUGAAGGGGAACAAGGGAGAUACCCCGGAGUUUCUGUACGAGGAGAUCAUUGACUGA